GGGAAAGCGCCGCGGGAGCGGGAGGGCCGGGCCCAGCCGAGCGCUGGCAGCCGGCGGUGCCGCGGGGCAGCGUUGUCCUCGCCUUGCCCUCCGCAGGCUCUGCCCCUUUCCCAGCCGAGGGCGGCCGGGCCGGGACCCUGCCGGUGUCCGUCCCGUCCCCUCGCUGUCCCCCGGGUGUGCCCGGCUGGCGUGAGGGGAGCGCGCUGCGGUGCGAGCGGCCCCGGCCCCGGCCCCGGCCCGCGGGGAGCUCCCGGUCCGCGCAUCCGCGCCCUGUGCUGCUGGGGCCCGAAACGCGGGAUGCGCGCUGUGUCUGCCUGCGACCUCUUCUGAAACGUUUCCUUGCAAAUACCGUAUCAAAAGUUUAUUUCAGAUCACGCAGGUGUGAUUCGCCCAGCUGAGUUGAUGAGGAGUGAGCAGAGCAGAAUUUCCACCAGGUAUUUGCAUGACAGCCGAAAGCCCGGGGGUGAACAGGACCGUGCUGCCGGAGCCUUUCUCCCUCAGAGGAUAGCUUGGGGUCACAGGUGAGGUGCCCGCCCAGGUGCUCAGUGCAAAAGCCAGAUGCUGUGGCACGGGGGUUUGUCCUGUGUGGAGUAGUGGAUGGAAUUCCCAGCUGCUGUGUUCCAGCCCAGCCUGUGUGCCUGAACCAGUGAGGCAAGGUGCUGCUGUGUUCUCCAGCUUUGUGCUGGUUCUGAGAUCAGUGGAGUCUUCUCAGGGAAGAUGUCUGUGACAAUGAAAACCCGUUGUGUGGACAAAAGAGGAAGUUUCUUUAAGCUCAUUGACACAAUUGCCUCAGAAAUCGGAGAACUGAAACAGGAGAUGGUACAGACAGAUCUCACAGUGGAAGAUGAAGCUGCUGAUUGGCAGAGUCUAAUAAAGGACAUGGAUAAUGUCCCUCCUGAGAAAAAUGAUGUGAAAAGCUGCCCCCGGGACUCUGGGUAUGACAGCCUAUCCAACAAGCUAAGCAUAUUGGACAAGCUCCUCCAUACUCACCCUGUGUGGCUGCAGCUUGCUCUGAAUGAUGCUGAGGCCAUGGAAAUUUUGCAGACACAGCCUCCUGGGAUAUUUCUGGUUAGGAAAUCUGCAAGGCUGCAGAAGAAAGUAAUCUCUCUGCGUCUGUCCAGUGACUGUGGGUCCUGCCUGAAAGAAUUUGCCAUAAAAGAAAGUACAUACACGUUUUCCUUGGAGGGGUCUGGAAUAAGUUUUGCUGAUUUGUUCAGACUCAUUGCUUUCUACUGUAUUAGCAGGGAUGUCCUUCCAUUCACACUGAAGCUGCCUCAUGCAAUUGCUGCAGCAAAGACAGAAGCUGAACUUGAAGAGAUUGCUCAGCUUGGACUGAACUUUUGGAGCUCCCUGGCUAACAGCAAACCCCCGGAUCCUUCACCUCCUUGUAGGCCUGUGCCUUUGGACAGUGCUCGCAAAGCCUCGCGCCAGCUCUGCCUUAUAAACGGAGUGCAUUCUAUACGAACCAGAACGCCCUCAGAGCUGGAGUGCAGCCAGACCAACGGGGCGCUGUGCUUCAUUAACCCCCUCUUCCUGAAAGUGCACAGCCAGGAUGUCAGUGGAAGUCUGAAGAGGCAGAGCCCGAGAGCCGCAGACGUGAAUGGCGCAGCGCGGCCUCGCUCCCCCCCGCCCCGGCCGCCUCCCCCUGCUAUUAAUAGCAGCCUCACGAGCCCGCAGGUUGCCAGGACUAUAAAGCCGGCGAGCAUGCCAGGAGCGGGCAGCCCUGGGAAGGAGAGCGGCUCGGAUUCGCUGCGGAGCAAGCCCACCCCGAUUCCGCCUCCCCGGCUGAAGAAGCAGGCGCAGUGCCCGGAGGCGGACGGCGCCUCCCGCAGCGCGGCCCCGCCGCGGCCCGGCCCCGGCCCCGGCGCUCCGGGGCAGGCGCUGCCCCAGCCGGCUCCGCAGCCAGCUGCCGCCCGUGAGUCACACAUCCCGUGGGAUGCGGGCCGGCAGAGGCUGAGCGACAUGAGCAUUUCCACCUCCUCGUCCGACUCGCUGGACUUGGACCGCAGCAUGCCGCUCUUCGGCUACGAGGGGGACACCAACAGCAGCCUGGAGGACUUGGAGGGGGAGAGCGACCAGGAGAGCAUGGCACCCCCUCUGAAGCCCAAGAAGAAGAGAAGCAGUUCGUUCGUUCUCCCCAAGAUUGUGAAAUCUCAGCUGCGGAAAGUCAGCGGAGUAUUCAGUUCCUUCAUGACCCCCGAGAAGAGGAUGAUUAAGAGAAUUGCAGAGAUGUCCCGGGACAAACGCACCUAUUUUGGAUGCUUGGUACAGGACUAUGUCAGCUUUCUCCAAGAAAACAAGGAGUGCCACGUUUCGAGCACCGAUAUGCUGCAAACAAUUCGUCAGUUCAUGACCCAAGUCAAGAACUAUUUGUCCCAAAGCUCCGAACUUGAUCCUCCAAUCGAAUCCCUCAUUCCUGAAGACCAAAUAGAUGUCGUGCUGGAGAAGGCCAUGCAUAAGUGCAUUCUGAAGCCGUUGAAGGGUCACAUUGAAGCCAUGUUGAAGGAGUUCCACACCACGGAUGGUUCCUGGAAGCAGCUGAAGGAAAACCUGCAGCUGGUGCGGCAGAGGAAUCCCCAGGAGCUGGGCGUGUUUGUUCCCACGCCAGACUUUGUGGACGUUGAAAAGAUUAAAGUCAAGUUCAUGACCAUGCAGAAGAUGUAUUCACCUGAGAAGAAGGUCAUGCUGCUGCUGAGAGUUUGCAAAUUGAUUUACACUGUUAUGGAGAAUAACUCAGGGAGGCUGUAUGGAGCUGAUGACUUCUUGCCUGUGCUGACAUACGUGCUAGCCCAGUGUGAUAUGCUGGAGCUGGACACUGAAAUCGAGUACAUGAUGGAGCUGCUGGAUCCAUCCUUGCUGCAUGGAGAAGGAGGCUACUACUUGACAAGUGCUUAUGGAGCACUGUCCCUGAUCAAGAACUUCCAGGAAGAACAAGCUGCCCAGCUGCUCAGUUCCGAGGCCAGAGAUACUCUCCGGCAGUGGCACAAGAGGAGGACAACCAACAGGACAAUACCUUCAGUCGAUGAUUUUCAGAACUACCUUCGCGUUGCAUUCCAGGAAGUUACCAGUGGCUGCACGGGAAAGACUUUGCUAGUAAGGCCUUACAUCACUACCGAAGACGUAUGUCAGCUUUGUGCUGAGAAGUUUAAGGUGGCAAAUCCAGAAGAAUACAGGCUGUUUCUUUUUGUUGACGACACCUGGCAACAACUGACAGAGGAUACGUACCCUCAGAAGAUCAAGGCGGAGCUGCACAGCCGUCCGCAGCCCCAGGUCUUCCACUUUGUCUACAAGCGCCUUAACAGUGACCCAUACGGGGCCAUCCUCCAGAACAGCAACCACUCGGCUGCUUAAAAAGCACCAGCAGCCUGUCAUUGUUGUGUCUGCUCCUUGGCCAUUGUUACAAACAUCUUUGGUGGCUGCCUUCCUUGGCAGCUGAAGCAGGUCUUAAACCUCAAGUGCUUGGUAGAACACGUGCUGUGCUGAGGUUUCUGACACCGCUUUCAGGACCCAGGCACGCUGUGCACGUGGCCAGUGACGCUGGUAUUCCACCAGCGUGUCUGAGACGGCCCAGGAGGCUGCACACCUUGUGCCACGGGCUCUUCUGCAGCAUAUUCUACUGUGGCCCUUCAGUGUCUUGGCUGCAGUGUGCACAGUGCCAUUUUCUGCCUCUCGUCGUUUCCACAGCUGUCACUUGGAUUUGAGCCCGAGUGCGAGGCGAGCGUGUCUGAACUGAGCUCAGCUCCACCUGCAGGAGUUUGACAAGACCGUCCGAUGCAGGGCGUCAGUUCAUUCAGCACUACCUGGAUGGUUGCAUCCUUGUCUAAUGUUUUUGGUUACAGAAAAUCAUCUUGUUUAUAUAUAUAUAUAAAUAUAUAUAUAUAAAUAGAUAUUUUAUAGCAGUUGCAGGUAAACUGUCAGGGUUGGUUUUUGAAAUAUUUUUUUAACUAUAAAAUAUUCUAUAAUUAUGCAUGUGAUUUUUAACAUUUAAUACACAAGAAUAAAUCUCUUGCUGGUUUUAGAGUCUUGCAUUGAAA